AUGGCCUCCCCAUCAACUCUGGAGUAUACCCCCCUCUCUGAGCGGGCCGAGAGAGUGGCGACGCAGCUGUUCGUCCCCUCGGAACAGAUCCAAGAGCGGGUGGCCGAGUUUGCGCACGUCCAGCCGCGCCCGGAGAACAAGGACGGCGACACCGAAGUGAUCGAAGGCGAGACUUUCACGCACCACUUUAUCCUUGGCCGCGGUGACGGCGAGGUGGUUCGAUGGCACUAUGUCGAAGCCGGACCCCAAGACGGCGAGGCGAUUGUGUUCCUGCACGGCAUCCCCGACUCGUGGUUCCAGUGGCAUCUCCAGAUGGUGGCCCUGGCCAAGACGUUCCGGUGCAUCGCCGUCGACUUGAAGGGGUAUGGACAGUCCGACAAAGGUGCAGGCGACUACCGUCACGAGGGUGUCGGCGAGCAGAUCUUAGAUAUGCUGCAGCUGAUCGGAGUCCAGCGAUUCAACAUUGUCUCGCACGACCGAGGCACGGUCCCGGCAGACUUCAUCGCCGCCAACCACCCAGAAAACGUCCUCCGCUACGCCCGAGGCGAGCAGCACCUCUUCCACUAUAACCCGAAACUCUCCCCUCAAGGGGAUCUGUUCAUGAACGCGCCAUACAACGGGGUUCUGGACGACGCACGCCGCGUCGUCGUCUGGGCCCACUCGAGCCUCUGUGUGCGGCCCAUCCCAAAGCACCAGGUGGAGCGGCUGAUCCAAGAAUUCUCCUACCCGGGAAUCGCAAAGGCCGUCCCGCGGUACUUCAACUCGUCGACGUUUCGCGCCGAGUGGCUCCAGCGGCGCAACCGUCUCCUCGCCGCGUGGACGUGCGCGGUGUUGAUCCUCCAGGGGUACGAUAGCAAGACGCAGCCGCGAGAGUUCUACGAGGACAUCUCGCAGAAACACAUCCCGAACGCGAAGAGUGUGCGUGUGCAACUCAUUCCUGGCGGCCACUUCUGGAGCCUCGAAAGCCCGGCCGAGACCACUGCCGCGUUGGCGGAGUUUUUCAGCAGCUGA